ACCCGUUCCCGCUUUACAUUACAACCCUGUCUUCACUUACGUCAACACCAUCAACAUUUGCACACUGCCUAAAUACAAAUGCUCUGAAUUUAUUUCCUAACAAAUAUUAACAACUCAUCCCAACAUCUUCUCCUACUCUACCUUAGUUACCGAAACUCCACACCAUGUCCUUUUCCCCAUUCCCACCCCACCACAUCCUCCUAACCGGCAGCUCAGGCUACCUCGGCGGCGACCUCCUCGCGCGCCUCACCCUCCCCUCAUCCAACCUCCUCCCACCCUCAGCUAAACUCUUCGCCCUCGUCCGAAGCGAAUCACAGGCCACAGCCGUGCGUAAAUACGGUGCAGAACCUCUCACAUUCGCAGUCAAUAACAAAGCUGAAGUGCAUGACGCUAUCAUGAAAAAUGAAAUCACAGUUGUGUUUUAUUUGAUUGAUGCGUUGAGGUGUGAGGGCCAGGUGGCUUUUAUUGAUGCGCUGGGGGAGGUGAGGAGGAGGACGGGGAGGGAGGUUCAUUUUUUACAUGUAUCUGGCGCCAAGAUCUUCUCAAGUCAUGCGGGUGCACCUACAGAUGUGGCAUUACUAGAUACAAAUCCAGAUCUCUAUGAUAUCCAGAAGAACCAGAAAGCUCCAUUUGGGUUUAUGCAACAGGCUACAGAAACAAAUAACACUAUCAUCGAACUCUGUGAAGCAAAAGGGAUCAAAUCAUAUAUCUUCGCACCCUGUAUCGUCUGCUUCGGAAACCCGAUUUCCAUCCAGACUGUCGCAAUUGUAAAAGCCGCCAAAGCAGCCGGAGCAGUCUACCCACCCAACAAAGAACGAUAUACCUGGCCCGUCUGCCACAUCAGCGAUAACUCCACCCUCCUCAUCCACAUCCUGCAACAAAUCUUUCUCGACACCUCCAUCGGCUCCGGCAAAUCCGGAUAUUACCUCGCUUCACCAGGUAGUAUCGCAUGGGACGAUCUCUAUUCUGCAAUGGCUUGCGCUCUGGCCAAGCGUGGCGUGAUUCAAAGUUCAGCGGUUGAGAAAGCGACGGAUGCGGAUCUUGAGAAAAUGGGUUUGGGGAUCGGGUGUAAGAAAGAGCAUGUUGUUGUGCAAUUGGGAGGAUUGUGUACCUUCACGCCUGAACAUGGUGCUCAGAUUGGGUGGCAACCCAAGUAUCGACCUGAGCAUAUCCUCCAGGCUGCGGACGAAGAAGUUGAGAUGAUUUUAGCGAACUUGUAGAGAAACGACAAUGGGACGGGUAAAUGACAGCAACGAAACCAAACGUGACUGAUCUUCCGAGGGUUCAAAUUUUGGGCUCCUCAAAGCCAGUUACUUGCACAAUAAUCAUUCCCGUCCGUAUCUUACAAGCUAGCAGAUGUAUGUAUGUGUGUUUGCCCUUCCACUGUUCAAGACACAUUCAAUGAAGACGCGCCCGCCCGUUGACUCUCCACAUGCGUUGUUGCUCCGAUAUCAACCUGUGUUGUUUACGGAGUGAGUAGAGGAGGAAGUGGAGGAGUCUUUUAUACUCAACACUCAUCCCUGUAACGCAGUAUCUUCCCCCUACUAGAUUCACCUAGCGCUAUUCUUUACCGGACUGGAAUAGCCAUUUCACCACAGUACUCACCAUUUCCAUCAUCUACGAAUAUUAGGUGCGCAGAACAGAGGUUUUAAAUGGUGAAUGGUACUUCUGAAGUACAAGUUACCGGUGCUUUCACUUUUUGUCACAGACACCAAGGCAAUGCAAUUGGAGCCGGAUCCGACGAAGUUGGUUUAUGGGGAGCGCUGGAGGGUACUGGUUGUUGGUUUUGUUUGAAAUUCUUAGAUCGGCAGGGUGGUGUGUAGUUUUGUUAUUUUUAAGCGGGAACCAAAAUUGUGGAGUCGCGAAUUCUCACUGAGACUGACACUCCCAAACACACAGCAGUUGACACGCAAGCCUCUCCCAUUCAAAAUUGCUCA